AUGGCUGCCCCCGAUGUCUCAACAACCAUCAUCUCUGAACCUACCAAGCCUAUCAUGAACUCCACAGUGACCUCCAUUGACCUCGAGGACGGCCCUCUCUUCCCCGCUUCUCUCAUUCCCUCCGAAGUCAUCACGAUCUUGCCAACAGACUACACCAUCCGCCCGAUCCUGCGCUCGGACUUCCACCGCGGCUACCUCGACGUGUUGCGUGUGCUGACCACCGUCGGCGAGAUCAGCGAGGAGGCAUGGAACAAGCGCUUCGACUGGAUCCGCUCCCGUAACGACGAGUACUACUUGCUUGUUGUGUGCGAUGGCGAAGACCGUGUCGUUGGCACUGGCAGUCUACUUGUCGAGCGCAAGUUUAUCCACUCGCUUGGUAUGGUGGGACACAUUGAGGAUAUUGCGGUUGAGAAGAACCAGCAGGGCAAGAAGUUGGGUCUGCGCAUUAUUCAGGCUCUGGAUCAUGUUGCUGCUCAGGUUGGUUGUUACAAGAGCAUUCUUGAUUGCUCCGAGGCCAACGAGGGCUUCUAUGUCAAGUGUGGUUUCAAGCGUGCCGGUUUGGAAAUGGCUCACUACUACUGA